UCUCUACAGAAAUUUUCAUGAGUGGCGCUGAUCUUUAAUGCAUCAAGGCCCCCUGGUUAUCAGCUGCUUGAUAUUCCUGUAUCUCUCAUGUCUCAUCAUUAAAACAAGGAAGGAGCACCAUAUUCUUUGACAGCAAGCUUGUGUGCCUUCAACCCUGAAAUCAGAGUUUUUCCAUGGCUGAAGAGGUUUUGGAAAGCUUCCGCAAAAAGAUUUGUGCUGAGCUGGAUCAAGUUGUGGCUUUCUGGCUGAAGCACUCACAUGAUGAUCAUGGAGGUUUCUUCACCUGUUUGGGAAAGGAUGGAGAAGUCUACGACGAUCUUAAAUAUGUCUGGCUGCAGGGAAGGCAGGUGUGGAUGUAUUGCCGGCUGUAUAGAAGUGUUGAGCGAUUUCACAAGCCUGACAUAUUACAGGCUGCCAAGUCAGGUGGAGAAUUUCUCCGGAGUCAUGCAUGGGUACCUGUGGCUGGCAACAAGAAGUGUGCCUUCUGUCUUACUCGCAGUGGGCAAGCGGUCAAAGUGCAGCGGAGUAUCUUCAGCGAGUGUUUCUAUGUGAUGGCAAUGGAUGAGCUGGCAAGAGUUACUGAAGAGCAACAAUACCAGGAUGAAGCAGUGCGUGUAAUGGAUCAGAUUGUACACUGGACUCAAGUUGACCCUUCUGGUUUAGGGCGACCGGAACUACCAGGAGCAGGACCCACUAAUUCAAUGGCUGUCCCUAUGAUGCUCUUGUGCUUGGUAGAACAGCUCAUGGAAGAUCGACCUGAAAUGGCAAAAAAGUACAAUGAGCUAGGCCACUGGUGCAUUCAGCAGAUCCUGCAGCAUGUUCAGAGAGAUGGAAAUGCUAUUCUGGAAACUGUUUCUACAGAUGGACAAGAACUGCCAGGCUGUCUGGGCAGACAUCAGAAUCCAGGUCACGCUUUGGAGGCAGGCUGGUUCCUAUUGCAGUAUGCCACCCGCCACCAAGAUGAGAAGCUCAAGAAGUUGGCAAUUGAGAAGUUCAUGCUGUUGCCAUUGGCAUCUGGUUGGGAUCAGCAGCAUGGUGGACUGUUUUAUUUCCUUGAUGUUGAUGGCCACUGUCCCACGCAGCUUGAGUGGAAUAUGAAGUUGUGGUGGCCACACUGUGAAGCUUUAAUUGCAUUCCUCAUGGGGUAUUGUGAGACCAAGGAUCCUAAUCUGCUGGAGAAAUUCACUCAGCUCUUCCAGUACACCUUCUCACAUUUUCCAGAUGCAGUACAUGGGGAAUGGUUUGGAUAUCUGAGUCGGCAAGGUCUAGUGGCACUCGACAUUAAAGGAGGACCUUUUAAGGGAUGCUUCCAUGUGCCUCGCUGCCUGUACAUGUGUGAGAAGUUGCUGGAUGGCUUGCUUGGAAAGUCCCCUCUUCUGUGAGUUGCCUGGAUCUCCCUACAGAAAGAUGGCUGAAAUCUGUGAAAAUCAGUAGGGGUGAUGAUCAUAAAAAUAAAACGGAUAUCAAAAAUGCCCUGGUGAUGGGUAAGGAAGCAGCUACUUGGCAUCUUUGGAUGGAAGGUGAUGCCUUUAAGGGAGACUAGAUCAUAUAUCCCUGAUGUAAUAGUUUCUAAUUAGUAUCAAUCUGUGAAGCAUAUGAUUUAGAUCAUAUAUCCCUGAUGUAAUAGUUUCUAAUUAGUAUCAAUCUGUGAAGCAUAUGAUUAUAACACAGACGACCAAAACUCAUGUAAAAGGAGAAAGCAAAAGCAGCAUCAGGAUUUGUGUCAAAUGUAAGGGCAACCCGUCCAACUCCAGCAGCUUCAGUGAUUCUGCACCUAACAGUUUACGUCAGUUGCUAUUGACAGGUCUGUUUUAAUGAUGGGAUUGGCUCAUUUGUUUUUGUAGCUCCACCACUUCUCCCAAAUUGACAAAGUGUGCCAGGACGUGUUUGCAUCCUGCUUUGCUUCCUUAAACUGCUGGAUGCCUAGAUGGGGAUGUUAGACAAGUGACAAGUGUUAGGCAAAACAUAACAUAAGGCGAUGAGAGAGGGGAAAGCAUGGUUGUGUAUAAACUACCCUAAGCUUGCAAGCAAUGACAAUUUCAUCUUCUACUUCCACAGCUGGAGAGAAAAAAGCAGUAAUGUAUGAUGUUGUCCUUGCACAGUUUAAACCAGUAGUUCUUCCUCCUCUAAAGCUUUUCCUAUUUUCACUCCUCCAUUCUCACCUGUUUUACAUUUCCUCGUCUGACACUCCUUCCUCCCUUAGAUCCCCCUUCACACAGCUAAAUGAUUGUCUCUUUGGUCGUCCUUUUCUCCUCCAGCCUGACACCUCCAUUUCUAAACCGUAUCUCCAUAUCCAAACUGAUAGCAGUAAAACUCUGAAAUGAUGGCCUGUAGAAGCUGCAGGUUUAUAAAGUAGUGAACAUGUUCUGUAGCUAAUCCACACUCCAUUUUUGAAUUGAGUCUCAUUUUUCCUUAACCAGCUGCCAAUUAACAAUGAAGGUGAAAGGGAAACCAAGAGCCAACCUGGUAACUUGGACCCAUUUACACCUAAACAAAAUCAGAAUUAAUCAAAUAUUUGGAAAGGUAAAAGUGAAAGGCUAAAAAAAAUCGUGAUCAACUCUGCACCACAACCAGCAGUAUUAGAAAUGUCUGAUGUGGCUGAAUUAGAACACUAAUAAGCCAUAGAAUUCAGCAGAAGCAAGAACAUGCAGCCAAUGUUAUGUAACCAGUUUAGGAGAAGCCAUUUUGACAUGACUUCUACAGCUUCUGCAUUGCUUCACCCUCACUUUUUGUAGCAUCUAAAUUAGCAAUGGAAGUGACUUGAUGAUUGCUUGACAGCUCUUAGCAUAUACUGUACAUUUUAACAAUUCCCAUCGCCUUCUGAUCACAUUCAACUGACUCUCUAAACCAAAAUUAUUAUUAUUAUUGUAAUUAGGACAGAGUAAUACUAAGCUCUACGUAAUUUAAAGACGGGACAGAAAAGAAGACCCCGUCAACUUGCAAUAAUAAAAGGAAAGGAAAAUGUGUUAACAAUAUGUUGGUGUGUUCAUCAACAGCAAUGUGUCCCCAAACUACGUACAUUCAAAACCUUCUGCUUACACUUACUGUAUAUAUUGGCGACUGCUUCCCACAAAAUUUCCCUUCAGCAUACUGUGUGUAAUUUCACUUUCCCACCCUUGUAUACAUAAGAGAGAGCGAGAGACAUGCAAAAAGCACAUAACACAUACAUCAUUUACAUGAGACCUGCAACACAAAAAUCUGAGAUUAAAAAGCGUAUUGUUUAGACAAUCUCGAUGCGAUCGUGGAAAGCUGAUAGUUUAAAUAGAAAAUUUGUGGAUGAAAGGGAGAGUAGGAAGAUGAAGCUACCCCAAAGAAUAUAAGAAAAAAAUCCCAUCUCUCCCUCCGUGAGUGCCACAUUCCUCAAGAUGAGGUACAUGAGGAUUGUGUUUAUAGUGUAAGUUUUCUCAGCACAUUGCUGUGUUGCCGCACUGAUUUUUAAAAUAUCCUUUUUUUAAUCCUGUAUAAUUUUGAUAGGGAGUAAUAAAAGAUGCAAAUAGGAUGUAGCCAUGAUCAUGCGUAAACAUUAUGGUGGCCUUUACCCUCAACUCCAGCCCUCUUGUCCGGUUUUACCCCCCAAAGUCUCUGUUUUGUUCUCCCAUUUAUACUCGAUAUCCUGUAGACCACGGGUGUCGAACUCCGGUCCUGGAGGGCCGCAGUGGCUGCAGGUUUUCAUUCUAACCAUCUUCUGAAUUGGUGACCAGUUUUUGCUGCUAAUUACAGUAACUUCUUUUGCCUUCACUUUAAUUAACUUGACUCAGGCCCCUUAGUUUCCUUAAUUAGCAGCCCCCCUGUGCCCAUCACACAAUAUCUCAAAAUAAAGAAAGGUGAUGGUCUCGGUAAGGUUGAUCUCUCAGGUCACCAAUACAUUUUGACUUUGUUCUUAGAAAAAACAGAAAAUCAACAGUUUGGGAAAUGUCUGCUGUGGCAAAAUGAGAGCAGCGAAAAGCCGUGGAAUUAAAUAACGGGUUCAGUUAACAUCAAGAACUGGCUUCUCAUUAAGAGAUUGGUUAGAGUGAAACUGGUUGAACUUUGAAGGCCCAAUUUAGCUGGUCAUCUGUCGUCUUAUUUCUGUUUGGCUGUCAUUUAAUGAAGAAAGGAAUCAAUUCAGAGGACUGAAUCCUUAAAAACAAGGCUAUUAAAAUGAAGGGAAAAGGAGUUAAUUAGCAGUGAAAACUGGUCACUGAUUAGGAAAAGGGUUAGAAUGCAAACCUGCAGCCACUGCGGCCCACCAGGCCUGGAGUUCGACACCCCUGAGUAGACCUUUAACUAAAUGUCUCUAAAUCCCAUGCUGUUAUCACACCGUCACGCACCUUAGUUCAGCAACUUCCUCUCCCUUCUGCAUUUUUAACCACAAGCAGCCAUGCAGCAUUAAAGAACAGGUAGGAGAGUGUUGCACAUUUAAUUAUGUAUUGUAGAUAAUACAACCAAAUUAUUAAACAAAGUACAAAUAUGAGUGUUGGCGAAUCAUACAACCUGAUGGUGCUACAUGUGUAGUUUCAGGCAGCACAUAAACUUAUAGUUCCAUUCAAUUUUCUCAGGUGAUCAUCUUUAUAGGGCCAAGCAGCCUGUUUGUCUCAAUAUGGCUGCCAAGAGAAGGCAGAGAGAGAGAAGGGGGGCCGAGACAGAGUGACCAAACUUGAACCAGUCGGUGUCGCACAUCAACGUGGCCCUCCUGAUUUAACAUGCAAUCCUAAUCCACCACAUCCCAGAAAUGGACUCCCUACUCCAUACCAGUUCUUCUUUCAGCCUGGCUCAAUCCUGUUCCAUCCAGCUAGAUUGCUCUUUCAUCUUAAGCUGGCUGGCCAGUGUAAAGCCCCUCCUGGUGGGAUGGCUCAUAGAAUAUCCUGCACAGAGUUAUAACAAAGUACCUUUGCAAAACUGGUUACAAGUAGACCACUGAAUGCCACAAAUUCCACUUCCAAAGCAGCACUUAAUGAAAAGGCCCUCGUCAGUGGUAGCGUUCCUCGUCCUUUGGACAAUUCAUAGUCCGUGCGUUUACAUGAGCUUUAAUAACCUGAUUAUUCAUAGAAACUUAGUUCCUAAAAUGCCAAAUGGGUUAUUGGUUUCUGAGAAAAUUAGUUAACAGUUGUAGAUUUCUGUGCGAGUAAACUGGGUCGUUGGCCAUGUAAACCCUUAACAGGGUUACACUUAAGGAUUUUAUAGUCUGCACACUCUUUGUAUGUAUGCACACGCUGUCAGCAGCCACAGGUGAACGUCUCCACAAGACAAAUUUCCUGAGGUAAAUGCUUGGCCGAUUGUAUCGUUCCAUCACCUGGUUGAAAUAUUCUGUGACAGUAUGUCAGAAAUCGCUAAAUUUAUGUUGAUGAGCUGAGUGUGCAGUGCUAAGCUGAGCAGCACAAUCUCAAGAGCAGUAGGGUAAUGCAUAAAGUCUGGUGCCUUUCGCAGUCCAAUAACAUAUAUUAAAGUAAAGAGUAACCCAACACAAAAGUUAUUUUAUUGACAUACAAAUACCUGCGUUAUUAUUAUCCCAGCAGCACUGGGUGUAAUGUGAGAAGCACAUGUACUGGUGUGUCUGCCCUCCGCAGAGCUCAAUCGCACAAUGAAGCAGAAAAGAGUGUGCUUCAUACAAUCCAGUAACAGAAACAUAUUAGUAAAGUGUCAUUUUAAUUUUAAUCUAGAUAGAUAUAGAUAGAUAGAUAGAUACUUUAUUAAUCCCAAUGGGAAAUUCACAUUCUCCAGCAGCAGCAUACUGAUACAAUAAAUAAUAUUAAAUUAAAGAUUGAUAAUAAUGCAGGUGAAAAACAGACAAUAACUUUGUAUAAUGUUAAAUGUUAACGUUUACCCCCCCCCCCGGGUGGAAUUGAAGAGUUGCAUAGUUUGGGGGAGGAACGAUCUCCUCAGUCUGUCUGUGGAGCAGGACAGUGACAACAGUCUGUUGCUGAAGCUGAUCCUCUGUCUGGAGAUGAUACUAUUUAGUAGAUGCAGUGGAUUCUCCAUAAUUGAUAGGAGCCUGCUGAGCGCCCUUCGCUCUGCCACAGAUGUUAAACUGUCCAGCUCCAUGCAAACAAUAGAGCCUGCCUUCCUCACCAGUUUGUCCAGGCGUGAGGCGUCUUUCUUCUUAAUGCUGCCUCCCCAGCACACCACCGCGUAGAAGAGGGCGCUCGCCACAACUGUCUGAUAGAACAUCUGCAGCAACUUUUAUCUGUUUAUGAUAGAUAUGUGGAAUCAGUUUGAUUUGGUGACGCAGCGGCCGGCGUUCAUAUCUCAGAUUAUCUGUGGCACGGGUUAGGAAUGUUAUUUACUUCUGAGCACACAAAGGCCUAACAUAUUUUAAAAACACAAGAAAAUAAUCACAAGCGUCAUGCUUAUUUUCGGAUUCACAGUGGCCAAUGCUGACAGUUUAACUUUAAUGUCGUUGGAGUGUUUUGACAAAAGGAGAACUCCUGAGGAUUACUUGCACGUGGAAACGUGAAUUUUUAAGAAAUCGGGUUUAUGCGUUAACCGGGUUACUUAACUUUUCACAGCUGAUGUUGUCAAUGACUUGCUUAAAGAAAGCUGUUAAUGACAAUUAAGAAAUGAUUAUGUAAAUAUUAUUCUACAACACAGUCUCCCACAGCCCAAAACUAAAAAUAAAUCCUCACCAUGUCUGCACAGCUUCUGUUUAUUUCACUGUUCUGUUUUAUGUCUGUUUGAAUCCAAAAGGACUUGUAAGCUUCAGUAGCCACUGAGAUAGACUGAGGGCAGGGUACUGUGCAAGGAGGGCUGCAAGACGAUGUCAGCUGGGGGGCCGGGCACUAGCCCACCUCCAGCCAAAAGCAAAGAUAAGGAUUAAUUUUAAAGCGCCAGGACUGCCAUGUAGAGCUCAGAUUGGCCGUCCAUCGCCUGACUUUUCUUGCAUGCUCAGCGUUUCAGGAAGUGUCCGAUUUUGGCCUGUCACCGUAAAGCACGUCGGGUUCUGCACAGACAGCCCUGAGGCAUGCUGGGGGGUUUUCAGGCUGCAAGUCGGUCUUAAUGGCACCGUAUCUCCUGGUUGUAUUUCGGGCAGCUGUUGUGAGCCAACACCACACCGAGGCCAUGAUGGACCUUUUAGUUUUAAUACAUUUCUUUAUCGUAUGCCUGAUUAAGUUACUUAAAUCUGUUUUUUCCAAUAACAUUUCAAAUGAUGAUUUUGACUGAAAUUGUAUGGAUGUUUCUUUUAAUAAAAAUGUUCCCAAAAUGUU